AUGCCCUCUCUUUCAAAAAUCGCAGCUAUAGCUGCUGCAUCCUUCACCCUCAUCGACGCAAAAGCCUGUCCGCCCCUCGGCGCCGUCUUCCCAGCACCACAAUCCCCCUCCCAAAGCCCCCUCGUUAAGAAAGCUGCAUCCUUUCUCAAAGCAGGUCUCGAUGCUCAAAUAGGCGCUCAAUUCAACACUUCAGCCCUCUCCAUCGGUGUCAAGUCCCUUCAUGAGGAUGAACCUUUGUUUACGUAUCAGUGGACACCGCCUAACCCCGGCGAGGGCACUGAUAAAGUAGAUGAAGAUACUGUCUUUCGCAUUGCUAGUGGUUCAAAGCUUUUCACGGCUUUGGCGGCGCACAUUAGUGAUAAGAUUGAUUUGGAGGCUUCGGUGUUGAAGUAUUUGCCCGAGCUGAAUAAGACGGCUGGGGAUGAUGAUAUCUUUUCGUUGAAGUGGGAGGAUAUCACCGUUGGAUCACUCGCGAGUCAUCUUUCAGGUGUUGGCGUUGAUAUGGCCCAGGAUCUUGCAAUCUUCGGUUCCGACCCAUGGCAGCCCUUCGGUCUUCCUGAGGUCCCGAAAAGCGAGAAGCCUAACUGCUCUGGUCUUCCUAACACUACUCCUUGUACUAGAAAGGAUCUUCUUGAGCAGGUCAACCUUCGACCUCCAGUUUAUGCCUCUUUUACCAACCCUAUCUACUCCAACAUUGGCCAUGCUCUUCUUGGGCUUGUCAUUGAGGCUGCUGAGGACAUGCCCUUUGAGGAUGUCAUCAAGCGUGAUAUUCUUGAUGUUGUUGGUAUGAAGCAUACUUAUGUCGACAAGACCCCUCCCACAGAUGAUCUCUUCAUUCCUGAAAAGGAGCCUACCUGGAAUGCUACUCUCGCUGUCUUUGAUUCCGCUGGUGGCAUGUUCUCUUCCGUAUCUGACAUGCUUCUCCUCGCCGAUGGUAUCCUCAGCAACAAGUUCCUCACCCCCGUUCAAACCCGCAAGUGGAUGAAGCCCGAGGCCAACACCGCUUCAUGGGGCUACCAAGUCGGUGGUCCUUGGGAGAUCCUUCGCGGCGACAACAUCACCUCCGAUGGCCGUCUUAUCGACAUCUACACCAAGAGCGGUGAUCUCGGUCUCUACCACUCCCAAACCGUCCUUAUCCCCGACUACGACAUUGUCAUCUCCAUUAUGUCCGGCGGUCUCGAAGCUACUGCAAACCCCUACGUCACCGGCACCAUCCUCAGCGCUGUUCUCCAAAACCUCCUCCCCGCUAUCGAAAAGGUCGGCCGUGAUGAUACAAAGGAGGCCUUUGCAGGCGAUUACGAGGACAAGGAGACCAACUCAACCAUUACAUUCGCAAUGGACAGCGGUCCCGGUCUCAAGAUCAAGAGCUGGCAGAUUCGCGGCUUCGAUGUCCUCAACAACAUCGGAAACUACAAUUUCAACGCCCUAGAGUCCAACGCCUCCACAGAGACUCCCUACGUCGACGCCCGCGUAUAUCCCAGCAACCUCAACAAGAAGGGUCAAACAGCAUGGCGCGCCGUAUUCGACCGUACAAACUCUACCGCCGACGCCGAAUACGACAGCGCUUUGUUCUUCAAAGAUGGAACAUGCCAGACCUGGUUUCAGCAAGAUCGUAUGGUGUACGAUUAUCUACCGCUUGAUCUGUUUGUUUUUGUUGAGGGUGAGGAGGGUGUUAGUGAGGCAGUGAGGAGUCCUGCUUUCAAUGUUACUUUGACAAAGGUACGACAACCCGCGGAGAAGAAGGCAGCGGAUGAUAGGAAUGCUGCUAGUGAGAUGCACGUUGGAGGACUUGGUCUUACACUUGUGGCUGUGGCAACGUUUAUGAGCUUGUUCUAA